CUACAUGGAAAUGAAACGGACAAACCCGUUGAAUUCAAUCUUUCUGUGGAGCCGGAAACCACAUUCAAGAACUUAAAAAACCUAACAGCAAAGACGACACGAAUUCCAUCUGACAAUCAACUCCUGGUUAUUAAAGGACAAGAAUGGAAAAUGGAAGAACAUGGUCGAAUAUGUGAUGACUGGUUAACCAAUGACCUGGUGGCCAUAUUUGAAGUACUUGAGCCCUCAAAAGGUAAGUAACUGUAUAUUAAACAAUAAUAAAAACACGAACUGAAAUGAAUUUCGUUUCUGUUUCUUGUUUUGUUUUGCGUGACUGACCAAGCCGGCUGAGUCUGAAAGACACUUACUCUACCAUUUGUAUUCUUCAUUGUCAGCAGCAAACAUGUCAAUACAAAAGCUGAUAACUUGCCGUACGUAAAUAUUUCAUGCCUACAGGUGGAAUCAGGUCUAUUCAUUGGACGAACUUUGCAAAGUAAAACGCGAUUUUAUGUCAUUUGCUAAAAAUGCUAUUGCAAUUCUACGACAUGAUUAAUUGAAUUGUUUUGACUUGUUUUUUCAGAGUUCAGUAAGACCACCGUCCCUGUUACCCUGGAUAGCGAAUUUCCAGCUAAAGUGGAGGUUGAUGUUAACAACGACUUUCAGCCAAGCGAUCAGUCAAGCCUGGAAAAAGAGGGUAAGUUAAAUUAACUUAACUCCUUGCCUAAAGUGUAAAAAAUUAUUUCCAGAAAAUUUGAUACCCGAUAUUAAUUCCAUAUUUUAAUCUAAAAAAGGCCUGUUUUACUUUUUUUCUCGUGACAAACUUGAAUAUAAUGGCAGUUGGCACAUCGAUAUUAUUAGAGUUGUCAAGGAAAUUCAUGUGCGGGAAAAUUAGCUUAAGUUAUUUCGCUGCAUUAACGUAUGUGAAAUUUCAGUUUUUGUACUUAUUUUUGAUUGUCAUCAUUCUACGCUUGUCAGAAAUUCAGAUUUUCCAAAAUACAUAGGCAUAUGAUUGUCUUUCUUGAGCGUUCCCAUGUGGCAGAAGUGAGUCUGUCGCACCUCACUUCAGUCUAAAUGACAUGACAAUGCGAAAAAAUGUACCAUAUUGUCACAAAUACGUUGACAGAAUACACUGACAUUAUCACACACGAGAUUUUUAUCCUUUCAAACAACAAAUAAUUGACAAAAGUUGUUCCCAAAAAAUAAUUACAAGGAGGCUGUGCUAUAAACGUCGACUGCAAGAUCACAACUAGUAACAGGGCUAGUAACUGUUUAAUUUGAAGACAUUUUCAUCACAGGAAAACUAUUAAGUUCAAGGAGCUGACACAAAGUGAACCGUGACAACUGAUAGGAUGUUUUGUUUUCUUAAUUGAUAUCACCAAAAUAAUACUAAAUGUCAGUCACUUUAUAAAAGAUCACGCUAUCUCAACCAACUUUUUGUGCUAAAAAUAUCUGUGAGUGAGUGAGUUGCGAAAACUGUGACUUUAAGGUUUUGUGAAUAAAGCUACAUAAAGUGAAUUGUCGUGGAUUUCUAUAAACACGGGUGCGAUUCCCGACACUGUUCUUGAAUUUUCCCGCAAUAAACUCAAACCAUGAAUGACCAUAUUUUUCCCCCAUUAUUCGUUAGGUUUAGGAACUGGAAAAUUUGACAAUGACCUGGAAGAAAAAGUGGAAAAAAUCCUCCACCAAGUGUCUGAGAUGACAGCUAAGCUUCAUAAGCUCACUGAUGCUGUAAGGAAAAUUGAGCAAUGUAAAGCCUUUAAAAAAAGAUACUACAAAGCAGUGGACAAUGCAGACAUCAGUUUUGAGGACCAGCUGUCAAAUGUCGAAUUAACACCAAGUCCCUCAGUCUCCAUUUCACCAAAAGCUUCUACCUCAAACAGCCCAGUUUCACCUUUGACGACUUCACAACCACAAAAGAGCCUUAACCAAUGGCAAAAGCCAUCUAAUGAGAGAGAGUCCACAAUGCCAAUUGGUUCCCCAAGCAUUGGAGUGUACGUGGCAAAGAAAAACGUGGACCAAAUCUCAAAGAGCAGCCCAAAACGAUUCGCCCUUAAACUUUUCGAACUUGUCUUCAGCAGGGAGAAG